UACAUCAGCUCGGCUCCUGGUCUAUUUGCUAUUAGCUGUCCUUGCGAGGUCUGUGUGCUCAGCACCUGUUUCCUCUGGCGCAGCAGCCGAGGAUGAAAAUACUAUAUCUAAGUCCGCUAUGGAGAAUCCUGUUGAAUUGGCCAAACUGAUAGCACAGGAGACUGACAACUUAUACAGAGAGCUCUGUGAAACUCCCCGCCUCUGUGGCAACAGUAUGGAACGACAUUUCAAAAAGGAGCUGAAACUCCCCGAAAUCACAGUUUCAGAUAGAUGUCUGAGCUCAGGAUUCAGGAAGGAAAGGUGUCUGCACAAGAUCCACCGUGACCUCCUGCGAUUCCAGAUAUACCUGGUGUUUCUGAAAGACUCUUUCAAAGACAAGAAACAAACUGUAGAGUUUAUACAACUGAAAACACACACACUGGCAGAAACUGUUAAAAGGAUGGAAAAAAACCCAGAAGAAGAGAUAGAAGAGACCAGCACUGACAUCUCCGUUGAUGAACUAAAGAGUAGCGAUAUCUGGAACGAGAAAGUUACAACUUAUAUAAUCCUGCAAUCAUUCAAAGACUACAUGGAAAAGACAACACGAGCUGUGCGUCACAGCGUAAAAGGAAAUUGAUGAACUUACCCAUCCUCACUACUGUGUAGUGCAGACCAAUUGUUCUAUUUUUAGAACUUAGAGUGCUAUUUAUGAUUAUUUUAUUUAUAUAAUAAUUUAAAAUUUUAUAAUGUGUUAAAUUAUUUGAAGUACUGAAAUAGUUAUGUUAUAUUAUACAGUUUGAUAUUUGUUUUAUAAGAGGGUUUUUAUUUAUUUUACAUUAUUGGGGGCAUACUGUAGAACAGACCGCAUAUGCCAGUAGCGUUCAACCAGGGUUCUUAUAUAUGGUUAGUAUUAAUAAUCGGGUCAGAAUAGCCAUGGACGGAACCCAGACUUUCCAAAUUAGUGUUUACAGAAGUCUGCAAACCAUAUGUAUGUUAUGCAUACGUGAAGAAUGUAAAUGUACACUAGUUUACAGAAGUCUUGUACUGGAUUAAUUUGCAUGCCACAGUGCUCAUCAGAGCCAACCCACAUGUGUACAUCUGGCCAAUGGGAUGAUGUGAACGGAUGUUUGGUUCUUAAGCAAGUGUCGUACCCUGAAAAUAAUCUGGCAAAUUUAGAAAUUAACAUUACACUAGAUGACCUGUAAAAGAUGAUUUCUCGUUAACAAUUUCCCUUAAACUCCCCCGGCAGUCCUGGGCAAACAAUAUAGUACAAUACACAUGAUAUAUCUUAAGAUCUGGGAGUGGCUACAUCCAGGAGCAUGCUGCCGUUGAAGAUAGCUUCAGAUCUUCUCUGCAGCAAAGAAGAUCAGAAGCUCCGCCCAACGACCAAUGGGACCGCGCAGUGAUUGUUAUCGUUCACAGACA